AUGGAAAUUUAAACAGAAAAAUAAGAAAGUAAUUAUGGACAUCAGGUCAAAGAAAUUCAUGAAUAAAUCAAAUUUUUUAAUGAUAUAAAUUGCCGGAAUUAUUUCAUUUGGAGAUAUAAUAAUUUAAAAGUAUAUCAAUUAAAUUUGAUCUCAUAUUAUAAUCAAAUUAUUUUAAGAAAUAAAAUUAAUACAAAGUACCUACAUGAAAAUUAGUACACACAAUAUUCAAUGUUACUAAACUUUAAUAAUUAACAAUACAAAUACUAUUAAUUCAUCUUAAUUAUCCAUUUUAUGAUAGUCCUCUUAAAUUUAAAAACAAUAAAAAAUUUAAUAGGAAAAGCGAUUCUUCAACUAAAGGUAAUAAAUUCUUUCCUAAAUUAUCAUAGGCAUCCCUUCAAAUUUAAGAGAGCUUGAUUUGA